CCAGCUAUAAGUGGUCUAUACCCAAGAUAUUUGUUGCUUGCCGAGAUUAACGUGUUUUAAUAGACUCUUAGUAUCCCUGUUAUUCUUGCUAGUGGUCCUGGAGAGAGAAAUAACUAUACUAACAAGAAUAAGCUCCCCGAAGAGUUCAUCUUUAUUACCACUCACUACCGGAAGCUCUUCAAGAAAUGUACGUUAUUUCACAUCUCACGGUAGUCCAGUUGUCGGCCAGUUCAUCGAUUUUGCCCCUGAAAAGGGCAAAGAGAUGGUCAAGAACUUUGCGUCCGCCGUUGUCGGCUUCGCCUCCCUUCAGCGACUGUGGGCAGCUCAUCUGCAAUAUUGAAGGCACCGACGGCGACUACACUACAAUUAUGCGCGUCCAGCGCACCAUCCUCAAGUACGGCGAGUGUAAGCUCCUCGUCUACGGCUCCGGCACCAGCAACAUUUGGUUCAAGGUCACCAAGCAAGACGUCAUUGAUAUCAUCUGCGAGUCCAAGGUUCUGUAGGUCCGACGGUAAGGUCGGGGCCAAGGGCGUCUUUAAGUGCAGUGCCAGUGGCGGCACGCAAAACACUGAAUGGGGCCUGUUUUAAGCAGCGUUGACUGCUAGCAUUCGACCUAAGUGUUGAUAACAUGGUACAUAUCAGAAUAGAACACCCUAGAGUUGUCACUACAAUUUAGCACAAUACCUAGGCAGCCCAGACCUAGCCCGUUCAGAGCCAUCAAGACACCCCGCGUAGCCUUGUAACAUUCACACGUAGCCUCCGGCCUGUCAUUUAGCAGCUUAAACCUGGAAGCUCGGAACUUUGCACUAGCUCCAUUCGAGAUUGUCGUACACCCUCCUGGUGUCGUGCGUGUUAACGACCCAGGUGUUGUCAACUCUCCGCUGAGAUAGGGCUAUGCUGUGCCUUGUUAGCGAGAGCCAUGGGGCAAGGUGAGGCCGACCAUGGGAAUUUAAAUUUUCCCCAUGCCUUGUCUUGGUGUCAACUCAGCAAUGCGCUGGUCUGGAGAACUGCCGGCCCAAGGUCAAGGUAAACAAACCCCAGACCGGGCUCACCGAGACGAAGUCGAGGCUCAACCGGAAUAAUAACUUUGUGCUACCAGGCCCAGGGCACAAAGUCGAGCCCUUUGUGUCCCUGCAAAUAAGGCUUGCACUACGGAGAAUAAACACCGGACGAUACAUUUGACAGCCGAGAAUAAAGUGCAGAGCAGAGCAGGGCAUGCAUUAGCCUGGGCAAGGCAAUUUAUGCCUAGGCAGCGACCAAAAAAAGGAGCCCUGCUCUCUCAAAUUGGUCGCCUUCGCCGGCCGCUCUUCUGCGCGCGGGAUGGUGUCGGGUCGAACAAGAACACGGACGAGAGCCGAAGUGAGACACGGCACGGGCGAAGAGAAAAAAAAAUUAUUCGUAGCGACCGGCUCACUACUUCUGACAAUGGACAUUGUAAACGAAGGCCGGGAUGAUGCGUGGACGAUGACAAAGUAAGAAAGUCGACCGAGCCGCGGUAGAUGACGGAGUCAGCUUUUUUUUGUUCGGAGCAGACACCCCAGUUGGGCAGAAGCGAUGGCCGCAGCAAGCACCUAAGAAAGGAAAAAAACAUGGGCGAGAGCCGAUGCCAAAUGGGGG